AAGCGAGUUGAGCCUGAUAAUUCUGCAGUCAGCUCACGGCACCAUGAGGAAUAGGGCGACGACGCCUUUGAGCAAGGCGAAAAUUCGACAAUCAUGGAGCAAAUACAACUUAUAUAACCUACAUCGAUUCCGCGCUCCCCCAACCGUCAACAAGACCUUCUUCCAGCAGAAAUGGGCCGCCAAAUCAACAACCCGAUCAUACCAUGGCGAGCAAAUCCGCGAGUCUCAAUGGACCCGGAUGUUCUCCCGACGACUCCGUAGUGUCGUGCCCAUGAACCCCGUCCAACUUGCCAGAGAUGAUGGAUCAAUCAUAUCUGCCGGUCGAGGAUCAGGGUUGGAGACUGCAAGUGGGACCAACACGCCUAAACGUACGCCGUAUACAAAUAUGACUUUUGCGCCUUUGGAGAGACGGUUGGAUGUUGCUAUAUUCAGAGCUAUGUUUGCUAGUAGUACGAGACAGGCGAGACAGUUUGUGGUUCAUGGUGCUGUUACUGUUAAUGGGAAGAAGAUGCAAUUUCCGGGCUAUCUUCUGAAUCCAGGCGACCUUUUCCAAGUUGAACCUGAACGGGUCAUGUACGCUACUGGCGCACCAAAGAAUAAAAUCGAGCGUCGAGAGACCCGUCUAGCGAAGAAAGAAGCAUGGAAAAAGGACGAGACCGAAAAUGAGAAUGCCGAAGAAUCAAACACAGAAACAAAGACAGAAGAACCCAAAAAAGUGGAUGAUCCCAAGGAGACAUUAAAACGUCUUCUCGCCCAGGCCAAGACCAUCAUGUCUCGUGAGAAGGACGUCCUCCCCGUAAAGAAGAAGCAAGAACUCCGAGGAUUCCAAAAAGUUGUUCGCAGCGUCCUUUCCAAGUCCGCCACCAGUACCAUCCUAGCCGAUAACCUCGAGUCACAAUUCUCCGAACUGCUGGGUCUCCUCAAAGCGAAGAAAGCUGAAUCCCCACGCGAAAACCGUAAUAAGAAAGAUACUGCGGCCAUCCGUGAGGAAGCCGAAUCUACCGCAGUCGAAGAUUCCAGCAGCGGCUCAAUCAGUCAAGAAUUGAAAGAUGCUUUCAAACAAGCCACCGAAGAUCCCAGCAACCUCGACGUCUCCGAACUCACCGAAGACGAAUUCGAGACCCUCAAACAGGCCAUUGCUCAAAUGCACGACAACCCGAUCGACACCAGCAAGCCUUAUGCUACGCCCUGGCGGCCUCGCGACUUUAUGAACGCUUUUGCAUUUAUUCCUCGCUACUUGGAGGUUAAUCAUAAGAUCUGUGCGGCUGUUUAUUUACGACAUCCUGUUGCGCGACCGGGGUUCUCUGAAGUUCCUAGUCCGUUCGGAGAGAAUAUUCAGACUCCUGCUUUUGCGUGGUACCUUCGCAGGCGGUAGUCUAUUUUCUGUGUGUCUUUUUUUUUCUUCAUUGUAUUAACUGAGCCUUUUUGAUUGGCUAUGUAAUGAUAAAGUGUUGGUUGCAUACCAACUGUAUUGUAUA